CACACAUAGAGCAGAGAGGAUCUGUGUGAGCAGUCAUGGACCGGAGUCUGUUUGUGCUGCUGCUGCUGUCAGGGCUCUUCUGGAGCAGUUCUGCUCUUUCUCGUCAGUACCACUAUAUAAAUGUGAGAAUGUCAUGGCCAGAGGCUCAGAGUUACUGCAGAGCGAAGUACACUGACCUGGCUACUGUAGACACCAUGGAUGAUGUGAACAGGCUGGUAAAUAUAGUGGAUUCUGCAUACAGCGGAUCAGUGUGGAUUGGACUGAAGAGAGGGACACAGAAACGCUGGGUUUGGUCUAAUGGAGAAGAUACACUCACACAGUACAGUGCCUGGAAUAAAGAAGAACCGAGCAGUCAUAAUGAAUGUGGCUAUUUUGCCUUUGGAGUUUGGUAUAGUUAUCCUUGCUCAUCAUAUUUACACUUUGUUUGCUACAAUGAAAGUGAAUACAUCAGGGUACAGACUUGGAAGAACUGGACAGAUGCUCAGAGCUACUGCAGACAGCAUCACAUAGACCUGCCCACAAUCCACAACUCUGAGGAACAGAAUAAGUUAGAGAAUAUUAUUCCAUCGGGAUCGUGGGUCUGGAUUGGUCUGUUCCUGGACUCUUGGGAAUGGUCUGAUCAAUGGAAACUCAGUUUCAGAUACUGGACAGAAGGUCAACCAUCCCAGAGUUCAGGAUCUGACUGUGUCGGCAUGUCAACAACCAAUUCUGGGAAAUGGGCUCAUGAAAGCUGUGAUUUACAGCAUCCUUUCAUCUGCUAUGGAGAUGGCGAGAUCAUUAGAAAACAGCUUGUUAGACUGAAAUUGUCCUGUAAUGAUAAAUGCACACUGAAUGAUCCUUCACUACAGGCUGACAUUAUGAAUGAGAUAAGUGAAAAGCUGAAGAGCAUGGGGCUGGAAAGGGACAGCAAAAUAAUCUGGAAAAAAGGAGGAAGGUGAAGAGGUGUUUCAUCAAGAGAGCAGUUUCAAAUAAUAAAAAUAUACCUCUAUAAAUAUAUAUCUAUAUAAAAAUAUACAUCUAUAUUUGUAUUGUAUUGAUUUACCUUAGUUGUCAGUUAUAAUUAUCAAAAUUAAAAGAAAUAAACAUUUGAAAUAUAUCAGUCUGUGUGUAAUGAAUGAAUAUAAUAUACAAGUUUCACUUUUUGAAUGGAAUUAGUGAAAUAAAUCAACUUUUUGAGGAUAUUCUAAUUAUAUGACCAGCACCUGUAUAAUAUAUUUAUUGAAAUAGAUUGUGAAAUUAUUUUUCUCAAAGUUGUAUUUUAAUAACUACAUAAUGAAUCUAGCUUAACUUUAUUUAGAAAUAGCUUGUGUAUUCUUACAGCUUCAAAUUUACCAUUUAAUAGGCUACUAGUUUUUACUUAUGUAAAUAUUGCUGUAACAACAACAUGAAAUACUUCAACAUUAAAAUAAAAAAAAAAAACAUUAAAAGUAUAAUGAUUUUUUUUUUAAGUUCUAGAGUAUCCAAAGUAUUUUGAGAUAUGUGUGAACUA